AUGUCGAAGAGCUGGCCUCCAUCGCCGAUGGUAGAGGAUGAAGUGCUGUCACUGGCGAAGGAAUAUUGCUCGGAUGUCUCGGACACGCAAAGCACAGACGACCUUGCGCCUGCUGAAAGUCGUGGCGCAGUCGAUCAGUAUCCUCUGAUCAUAGAUGUCAACGAGCAGGGCAUCUCGCAAGAGCCGGUCAAGAAAUCCAUGGCUGCGAGUCCGCAGAUCAAUGUAACCUUGGACACAAAUCCACACAACGGCCAGUAUGAGACUCGGUUCAUACAUAUACCGUCAGCAUCAGACAACGAACGAGACCCGGCUCGAGCCCCGCGAAGACUUCGCUCGAAGUCUACUAUUGGUAUCGCAGCAGGUGAGGAUCCCAGAGGCAGACCACACGUGUCACGCAUCAACACCGAUCUUGGUGCAGAUCUACAGGCUAUGGCUACAGGUCAACGAAGAGCACCAUCGCCAUAUUCCUAUGGGACUCGAACGAGUACCUUACUACCGUCCAUGCUUGACGAUACCUCGAAAGUUUCGCUGCUCUCGCCGGAAGCCGCCGCAUCAUUACCUAUGCCCGUGCCCGGCCGGCGCGCGCGGUCUCAACGUCCCGAGCGUGUGGCCACCAAACCGGACAGUAGUGAUUCAGAUGGACGAAGGAAAGAUUUUGCACGACGGCGAUCGAAAAGCCGACACGAUCGAGGAAGCUUCUCAAAAUCAAGUGGUGACGAGAGAUCGCGACCGGAUUGGCCAAAGUCUAGAUCAAGACGAUCGGAGCAGAGUCCGCCUCGAGACCAACGCCAUGCGACGUAUUCGACGCCCAUCACACCACCGCAGACACCAGGUCUCACCAGGGAGUCUCCGUAUACGUCAGCUGCAGAAGACUCCGACCGCAGGAGAUAUCGUGAUCAUCCGCGGGCGGAAAGAAGAUCCUCCAAGGAGUCUUCCUAUCCUUCGGCUACAGUCGACAGACAGCCACCACGAGAGUACGACAAUGGUUUUGGCAGAAAGUCACGCAGACAAUCGAUGCGCCGUCCAGAAAAACCAAGCAUUGACAUUUCAGACCCACGACAUAAUAGUCGACCAGAAACACCUGUUUCAGCUCGUACGCCACGAAGUUUGGAGAAUGACUUGGAACAAGCCUUUAAAGACAACCAAAAGAAAGCGCCCCGGAAAUAUGGUCAGGAUGAUGGCACAUCUCCCAUGAUGUCGCCACUCAACAGUCCUCCUCGGACACCACGCGGAGAGCGAAAGAGCAAAGAUUAUUUGGAGAUGACGGCCCCUGUUUCCAAUAUGUCGAAGCAACGCACACGACCAGCGAAUGACACUUCGGGCAAGCCUAUGACGACUUUGUUGGGUGCUGCAACAAUAGGUGCGGCGACACUCGCAGCCAAGGCGGCCCCUAGCCUCUCAAGAUCAUCGACCAAUUCCCCCGAUACUCCAAGCACCGGCUCACAAGGAGAGUCAUCUCUUCGAGAUUAUUUGACUCUAGCGAACUGGAAAUCCCCAUCCGAGCCGGCGACGUGUGCCCUCAGUCAGCCGUGGACACGCAUUGCCAUUGCAAAGUGUUUGAAAGACGGCUCCACCAAUCUGGGCCUACUGCAAAGUCUCACCAGCCGUCCACCAAGCGUACACCCUUGUCCUGGACGUCAGACUGAGAUACGAAAAUGGUACCAUGUGGUGGACCCGACGAAUGGUGCGCCUGUGCAAGGUUUCAAUGUGUGCACCUCUUGUGUGAGGAAUGCCGAACUUAUCUUUCCUGAGUUAUGGAAAGAGCAAAUUUUUCAGCGUCCCGAGAGCAAACUCGCGCAAGAGCGAUACUGCAAUCUCUACAACGAUAGUAAGCACUUCUACGGGAUUGUCAAUCAGCUCGAUAUCUUGGCUGGCUAUAGCAAGAAGAAGGACCUCCGGAACAAGGACAUCAGCAAAUUUUGCGAAUUCGUGCGCCAAAAGGCCAGGUACCGGGAAUGCGCCCUUGAUGCCAUGCUUGCAACGCCCCUAUGGCAUUUCAUGUCUGCUCUUCCCGAGCUGACGAUCUGCGAGGAGUGCUAUAUGGAAGUUGUCUAUCCGAUGAGAGACAAGCCUAUCGCACGAGACGUGGUAAUGACCAUGCAGAGAGUACCGAUUCAGCGACCAGCGCAUUACGUGGCAGGGAUUAGUUGUCAGCUGUACAGCGAAAGGAUGAGGAAAGUCUUCAAGGACGCCGUAAUGAGGAAUGAUCUCGAGACCUUGAAGAGUGCGGCGUUGUCAAGGUAUAAUAUUGAGCACCGAUUGCAAGAUCAGCACCGGCGGUAUGCAUUGGAAGAGGAGCAAGGAUAUAAUCGUCAAGCGGAAAUCGAGAGGAAUGCCGCGCUUUGGAGGCAGUACGAAUGA